AAAGACCUUGUUCUCUCACUAAAACGAACAUCUUUCGACCCAUCAUCUGUCUCUCCCCCCCACCCCCACCCCCCAUGGCCCACUUCAUUCGCCUCCGCGCCACCAAAGCCGCCGCUGUCGCCGUCGCGUCCGGCGGCACUUACGCCUUUCUCCGCGACCCCUCCGUCUCCGCCAACGACCGCGGCGGCGGUGGUGGGCCCGCCCUGGAGUCCUUCCGGAGCAAGAUUGGCGACCCCUACGCCGUCGUCCCCCCGAGGGCAGUCCAGGAGUCGGCCUUGAUUGGCGCCAGCCCCGCCAAUCCGCUCGACAUUCUCGUCGUCGGCGGUGGGGCCACCGGAUGCGGCGUCGCACUCGACGCCGCGACGAGAGGCCUACGCGUGGGACUCGUCGAGAGAGAGGACUUCUCGUCUGGGACCUCUUCACGAUCAACUAAACUACUUCAUGGAGGAGUUCGGUACUUGGAGAAAGCAGUGUUUAAUUUCGACUACGGACAAUUGAAGCUCGUAUUCCAUGCCCUUGAGGAGCGUAAACAGGUUAUUGAGAAUGCUCCACACCUAUGUCAUGCUUUGCCAUGCAUGACACCAUGUUUUGAAUGGUUUGAGGUAGUGUACUUCUGGAUGGGCUUGAAACUAUAUGAUCUGGUCGCAGGACCACGGCUGCUGCACCUGUCAAGAUAUUAUUCUGCUCAAGAGUCUGUUGAACUCUUCCCAACUCUUGCAAGGAAGGGUCGAGAUAAAACCUUGAAGGGCACAGUGGUUUAUUACGAUGGUCAAAUGAAUGACUCCAGACUCAAUGUUGGUUUAGCGUGCACGGCUGCAUUAGCAGGUGCAGCAGUGCUUAACCAUGCUGAAGUCAUAUCCUUUCUAAAAGAUGAAGGAAGCGAGCGGAUAACGGGAGCUCGUGUUCGAGACAGUCUGACAGGGAAAGAGUUUGAUACUUAUGCAAAAGUUGUCGUGAAUGCGGCUGGGCCAUUUUGUGAUUCUUUGAGGAAAAUGGCUAACAAUGAUGCAAAACCAAUGAUCUGUCCAAGCAGUGGUGUACAUAUCGUGCUACCUGAUUACUAUUCUCCUGAGGGAAUGGGCUUAAUUGUUCCCAAAACAAAAGAUGGCCGUGUUGUCUUUAUGCUGCCGUGGCUGGGCAGAACAGUUGCUGGCACCACAGAUUCAAACACCAACAUUACAAUGCUUCCAGAACCACAUGAGGAUGAGAUUCAAUUUAUACUGGAUGCCAUAUGUGACUACCUUAAUGUUAAGGUACGGCGUGUAGAUGUUCUCUCUGCUUGGAGUGGUAUCCGACCAUUGGCAAUGGAUCCUAGAGCAAAGAACACUGAGAGCAUUUCCAGGGAUCAUGUGGUGUGUGAAGACUACCCGGGUUUAGUCACAAUCACUGGUGGAAAGUGGACUACAUAUAGAAGCAUGGCAGAAGAUGCAGUUGAUGCAGCUAUAAAGUCCGGAAAGCUGAGCCCUGGCAACAAAUGUUUGACAUACAAUCUAUGUCUUGUUGGUGGGGAAGGAUGGGACCCUGCAUCUUUUACAGUGCUUGCCCAACAAUAUGUCCGCAUGAAGAAGACAUAUGGUGGUAAAGUUGUUCCGGGAGUAAUGGACACUGCUACAGCAAAGCAUUUGUCCCAUGCGUAUGGUACUUUGGCUGAACGAGUAGCUGCCAUUGCUCAGAAUGAAAAUUUGGGGAAGCGACUUGCCCAUGGAUACCCCUUUCUAGAAGCCGAGGUUGCAUACUGUGCUCGCCAUGAGUACUGUGAAUCGGCCAUAGAUUUCAUUGCGAGGAGAUCUCGCCUUGCUUUCCUUGACACUGAUGCAGCAGGCCGGGCAUUGCCCCGCAUAAUCCAGAUACUGGCUGUUGAACACAAAUGGGACAAGUCAAGGCAGAAGCAAGAAGUACAAAUGGCUAUACAGUUUUUGGAAACAUUCAAGUCAUCAAAAAAUGCUCAGUUUCACGACGGAAAGCACAAAUAGUAAGUCAUAUAUGCGCUGCGAUUGACUUUUGAGGAGCUGGAUUGUUUUGCAUUGCACUUUCUGGGGAUUUCCCAGCUUGUUCUUGGAACAGGAAGUGACUAAUUACACAUUAUGGUAGGUCCAAUAUAGAUAUUUGGAAAGACGAUGGUUCUAUAAACUUUAUUAAUAGCAAUCAUUUAUAAUAAUGUUGAUACUUUACAAUAGAAAGCUGCUGAGUGCCUCAGCGCUCUGGUUAUAUUUCAGCUUCCAGAAAAGUUGAUCAAUCAUUUGAAAGACAUGAGAUGAACGGGGCAGUUGCCAUUUUGGGGUUAUGGAUUAGUGUUUCUUCUCAAUGUUGUGUUGUCCCCUUUACUCACCAGUGUAAUAUUGGGAAAUAGAGAAAGUAUGACUCUGCAAAUUGAAUUUUACACCUUUUGUUUUGGUCAUGCAAAUAAAUUAAGCUGUUUGCUC